AGUAAAGCAACAAACAAAUAUGAAUUCAAUUUCAUUUAAAAAAUUAGUUUUCAAAAUUUGGCCUUGUGCCUUUGUUCAAGUUCCCCUCAAAAGGAGCUAUGGUUGUGGCACGCUGAACUGCUUCAUGCCUGGUCCCAUGAUGCCGUUGUCCGUUGCCUCUGUUUCGUAUUGUCGUUGUGUCCCUCAGUCUUGUAUUGUCGUUGUGUCCCAGACUUACGGCGUUGUGCUCCACAAGACCUCUUCUGAAGGCCGCGACGCCCUUGGCCACAUCGAGCUUAUCCGAUUCCUGCAGAACAAAGCGACACAGCCACAGGAAGCACAAUUACGAACACAUUACACAAAUUUUGAAUAAAACAAACAUUUAGAGCA